CUUGUGGGAAACGCCGGGCUUGCAUCAGAAAAGUCAGCAUGGCAAACGACGAAGAAAAAUCAAAAAAUCUCCAACCACAUUUAUCAAAACAAGAUCUUAACACACUAGAUGUAAAAAAGUUAACACCUUUAACUCCAGAUGUUAUCAGCAGACAAGCCACAAUCAACAUAGGUACAAUUGGGCAUGUAGCUCAUGGUAAAUCAACAGUAGUCAAAGCUAUCUCUGGUGUACAGACUGUCAGGUUUAAAAAUGAGUUAGAAAGAAAUAUCACAAUCAAAUUAGGCUAUGCCAAUGCAAAGAUAUAUAAAUGUGAUUAUGAAAGAUGUCCCAGACCAGGAUGUUAUAGAUCAUGUGGAAGCAGCAAGGAAGAUGUCUUCCCUUGUGACAGACCAGGUUGCUCAGGAAAAUUCAGACUACAGAGACAUGUAUCAUUUGUGGAUUGUCCUGGUCACGAUAUUCUUAUGGCAACUAUGUUGAACGGAGCAGCUGUUAUGGAUGCUGCAUUACUUCUAAUUGCUGGGAAUGAAUCCUGUCCACAACCACAGACCUCGGAACAUUUGGCAGCUGUAGAAAUUAUGAAAUUAAAACACAUAUUAAUCUUACAAAAUAAAAUAGAUUUAGUUAAAGAAGCACAGGCUAAAGAUCAGUAUGAACAAAUUUUAGCUUUUGUAAAAGGAACAGUAGCAGAAGGGGCACCUGUUAUACCAGUAUCAGCUCAGUUAAAAUAUAAUAUAGAUGUUGUCUGUGAAUAUGUUACUAAACGUAUACCAGUACCUAUCAGAGAUUUCACCUCAGAACCUAGACUUAUUGUUAUCCGAUCGUUUGAUGUAAAUAAACCAGGAUGUGAAGUAGAUGAUAUUAAAGGUGGAGUAGCAGGUGGGAGUAUAUUAAGAGGGGUAUUAAAAGUAGGUCAAGAGAUAGAGGUCAGACCUGGUAUUGUAUCGAGAGAUGAAGAUGGUAAAUUAACGUGCCGCCCUAUCUUAUCAAGAAUUAUCUCUUUAUUUGCUGAACAGAAUGAUUUACAAUACGCUGUACCUGGUGGUUUAAUAGGUGUAGGAACUAAGAUAGAUCCUAUGUUAUGUAGAGGUGAUCGUAUGGUAGGACAGGUACUAGGGGCUGUUAAUGCUCUACCAGAUAUCUACACAGAAUUAGAAAUCUCCUAUUUCUUACUCCGUAGAUUGUUAGGGGUUAAAACAGAGGGUGAUAAAAAAGGAGCUAAGGUUCAGAAAUUGACUAAGAAUGAGAUAUUGAUGGUAAAUAUCGGAUCUCUGUCUACGGGGGGUCGUGUACAGGCAGUAAAAGCAGAUUUAGCUAAAAUAGGUUUAACCACUCCAGUCUGUACAGAAAUUAAUGAAAAAAUAGCUUUAAGUCGACGUGUUGAAAAACAUUGGAGAUUGAUUGGAUGGGGUCAGAUCAGAAGAGGAGUAAAAGUGGUACCUGAAAAUAAUGAGAAAUAAACACAAGUCAUAAUUUAUAUUUCAUUCAUUUAUCUUAAUCAUUCAUGUUUUCUUCUGGAUGUUUAUAAGGAAAGUGCUGUAUACUGUAUCAUUUGAUAAAAGUUUGUUAGGUCCUUGUUUUCUCAACUACAACAAAAUAACUAUCAAAUUUGGUCUGAAAUGAAAAGUGGAAGUUAAAGGGACAGAUUCGCCAUUUCCAGGGUCUUGAAUAAAUGUAAAUAGUCUUUAAAAGUAAUAGAAAUGUAUGAGAAUUGCAUAAUUCCAUCAAAAAUACCUCAAACUAGGUAUUUCCUAUACUAUUUCUAUCUUCUUUACUAUAUAUGAUAGAGUCUAAGAAAAGAGGAGUAGUCUUUUUAACUUUAAAACGUGGUUAACUACGAACACACAUGGAAUGGAAGGCAAAAAUUUUCGACAGCGAGCUUUGAUGACUUUUACUAAGACUAGGGUAUGAUUGGUCAAACUGGUGACGAACCUGUCCCUUUAAAAAGAGUUUUUGAAAAAUAUGCUUGGUUGGUUGAAGGUAUACCAGACUUAAUUUGAUAUUCUUACAACCGAUAAAUCGGUGAAGCCGUUCUAUCAGCCAGACAGAAGAUUAGGGUAGUCAUCUCAAUCUUACGGUGCUACUAAUGUCUAUUAAGAACUAUGAACAGGUGUUAUACCUUGACUUGUUAUAUGAAGACUAAUUAUGUAUUAUAUGAUUAUAUUUGUAAAUUAUGGAAGACAAUAAACCAUCUUUAAAAAUC